AACAUGUCUGCGCUCUGCGGGUAGCGUGAACGUAAAUAAACGACAUGUCUGAAAUAACUCAGCGCUUGGAGUUCCGCAGUGGACUUUUUCCACUGGGGCCUUGGUCUGUCAUCAUGGUGUGGGCGCGGAUGGCUUUGCGUUUGUACGCCUCGGUUUUACGAAACCCUGCGCGCCUCUCCGGCGGCGUCUGCGUUCCGUGCGCUCACGAGACAGGUGGAGCUGCUGUCCGGCCCUCGGUGCGCUUCCUUCCUGCUCGCUUUGCUUCCGAGGCGCUUCUGGGACGGGUGCUGAAGAACACGGAAACAGGGAGACACGGGCCUCAAAAUCGGUGUUCGGCUGCAGGCCUGUCUGAUAGUGUUUUCUUUUCAGGUAAGCAUAAAUCCUCAUUAGUCAAUGACCCUGAUCAGCCUGAAAACUCAAAGAUACUGAAGGUGGCCAUCAUUGGUGCACCAAAUGCAGGAAAGUCAACUUUGUCCAACCAGCUUGUUGGGAAAAAGGUUUUUGCUGUAUCAAAGAAAGUGCAUACAACUCGAUCCCAGGCACAGGGCAUUUUCACAGAAGACGACACUCAGAUUGUUGUACUGGACACCCCUGGGCUCAUUAAUGCUUCCAAAGUAAAAAGGCACCAGCUGGAGAGAUCUCUCCUUGUGGACCCUUGGAUUUCAGUUCGAGAGGCUGACCUAGUGUUGGUAGUAGUUGAUGUGUCAGACAGGUGGACACGCAACAAACUUGGCUUUGAAGUGCUUAGUUGUUUGGCUCAGAACCAACAUAUACCUGCAGCCCUUGUUCUCAAUAAGGUAGAUUUGUUGAAGAAUAAGAGCAUGUUACUGGACAUCACAGUAGAGCUCACUGAAGGAAUAGUUAAUGGCAAAAAACUGGAAGUCAGAUCCGCAGUUCAACGUUUUUGUGAGUGGGAAAGUGGAGAUGUAGAGGUUGGAGUGACCAGCCCAUGUCCAAGGGUGCCUGGGGUGAAGAGUGGUACUGCCUUUGCCAGCCCUGCUGCUCUUCCCAAUGAAGGGCUGUGCAAGGAGGAUCUCAGGAAGCUGAGAGACAAGCAGGGCUGGCCUUGUUUCCAGGAUGUGUUUAUGCUCUCUGCAAUUGACUCGGAGGAGGUGGAGACCCUCAAGAGAUACUUGGUGGUUGGUGCCAAGCCUGGCCCAUGGAAGUAUCACAGUGGGGUUCUCACUGACCAGAGCCCAGAGGAGAUCUGCACCAGUGCAGUGAGAGAGAGGCUUCUUGAGUACCUGCCUCAGGAGGUCCCUUAUAAUGUGUCCCAGACUGUUGAGAUGUGGCAUGAAAAUGACAAUGGGGCAUUGGACAUAAUGGUCAAGCUUUAUGUCACGAAGGAGAACCACUUGAAAAUGCUGAUAGGACAAGGAGGUCACAUGAUCGGCAGGAUUGCCCGAGAGGCUGGGCAGGAUCUGAUGAAUGUUUUCCGGUGCGAAGUCAAGCUGAAGUUAUCUGUGAAGAUGAAGAAGUAAAGGGGGAGUGAUUCUGGGACAGAGGGAGGGAUUGUUGGAGGGGAAUGCACCCUACCACAACUGUCAUCUUUUCCUAACCAAGUCUGAUAGUGUGCUGAGUUGUCACUGAUGGCCACGCUUCUUCACACAGGCCUCAUCAAACACCUCCCCUGUUAGACUGCCAGCUGUAAGCUCUGAGGCUUUAUUCUUGACUAUAGGGGCAGGGAUACUUUCUCAUAUUGUUUUAAAAAGAUACCUGCUUUGGAAACCCACAACAUCCAUCACAGCCCAUAUCUUGGGCCUCUUAUAAAGCAGGGGCAUAGAGGCAGAGUGCACGUAUUCUGUGAAUAUACACAUUUAAUGCCUGUUAGACUAGACCAGAUAUGGAAAGGAAUUGUCUUAUUGCAAACUGAAGAAAAGGGAAAGGAUGUGACAUACUGGGUAGGAAAACCUAGGAGCAAAGGCAGGGUUGUGCAACAGGAGUAGGGAGAGUGACACUGGGAGUUAAGACAAAUUAGGGGUGUGAAUGGCGGGGGGUAAGGGAGGUGUGAAGGUGGCUUUUAUCUGUCUUACUGCAGCCCUUGAAAUCAGGCCCCUUGCAGCGGAGUCAUGGUAACCUGCUCUCUGGCUGAUAAAUAGGAGUUAUGGGUUGGACUCAGCCCCUUCCCAAUCCCCCACCGAUCAGUCUGCCCUUUCAAAGUUUGUCUUAAACAUUCAGAGCUAAUAUGACCACUUUAAUGGAACAGAUCUCACCCUACAAAAUGGGUCAGAUAACCAUGAGUAAUCCAUAUUUUCUUUUUUUGGGUAUGAGGGUUGCUAUAUCAAGGGCAUCUUGAUGAAUGGUGUGGAGGCUUGUUGUCCAAAGCAAGGGAACAGAGCUCUGGUCCCGAGUAGUGGUGCCAGGCAGGCCAUCAAAGGACUAAGCUUUGUCCAUUGAUUAGCUGAACGCAGACAUUCAUUGAACUACCAAAGCUUACUAAUGACAAACGUGCUGGGUUGUACAUGAGACAAAUGUACCUGUACGUAUUGGUAAACUCUUCUUACUCUCUGAGGAAGAAAGAAAUGGUCCUCGUUUUGAAAUAACUUCUGUUUAAAUAUGUUUUUCUCCAGAUGAAAAUUGUUGUUUUUGAAAGCAUAUUUUUGGUGCAGGUUUACUUGUUUAUGCUGUAACAAAAUAUACGACUUAUCACUUCUUUAAUUAGGGCAAAAACAAUAAAAGUCUUUUAAACCUUUGUAUAAA